GAGUUCUGGGCCGGGGAGCUCGCGGCGCUGGACGUGGCCGAGCUGCUGGAGCUCGCCUGCGGCCUGCGGGAGGCCGGCGCGCCGGCGGGCGCGUGGCCGCUGGAGCCGCUGCUCGCCCAGCUCACGGUGCGCCUGCGGCCGCCCGGGCGCGCGGGCAGGCAGCGGCAGCCCGUGGAGCU